UUUACGCACGCGGUUGCCUCACCACAAUCAUUCUAGUCUACAGAGUAUAAUAAUUUUUUUAAUGUAAUAUCAAUUACUAAUUGUCUAUUUUAGCGUGUAUUCAGUUGUAACUUUUUAUUUAAGUGAAUGAUUUUAUGUGAUUAAAAGAAUAUUACAUAGUUAUAUCUUUAAACAGUUGGUGAUUGUUUACUGGAUGUACUAUUGAAAGUACUGUGUGUUUUUAAAUAGCCAUUAAAAUGCUCAAGUGGACAGUAUCCAGAUCAAUGUCAACCGCAAGUUCGACGUCCUAUGUUCCACCUACAAUGCACAAGACAACCCGUAAACCUUUUCGCGACCUUUUAAAUACACCCCCUGCUGAUGGAACAAGGUCAAAAGUCAUACCACAAACAGCAGUUGAUGUAGAUAAUAGUAAUCCAUCAUCUAAAUCCACUCCAGGACGCCGGCGACGUUGUAGGAGUCACGGGAGUGAUGUUCGUGCCUACUUUCAGGCAACAAAGCCACAUGCAAGGUCAAACAAGCGUCAAUCAAUCGCUAAUGAAACCUUGGAAUUGCCAAAGACGGAAAGCUCUUAUCAUAGAACACCUCGAAUAGAUACGGAUAUCGGUCCUUUGACAUAUAUUCCAGAUAAUUAUCAAAUUUCAAAGUGUCCUGUAGCACUAACUUUACCAACAGACCCUACUUCGUUACCUCAUACUUAUUCAAAAACGUUUCAUCAUGUUAAUAAUAAUAAUGAACUACCUCAAAACGUUAUGAAUGAAGCACGUGCAAAUCUUCAGUCACAUGUGUCUGAUUUCUUUCAGCAAAUAUCUGUUGCUGGCAGCCCUGAAGAUGUCAUGGAAGCUGGUUCUGUACCUUUAUCGAGAUCUAGGUUGUUCUUUAGGAAUAUUGAUAGAAUGAAAUCGAGCUCAAGCCCUGAGGGUAAAUCUCUUUGUUAUCCGAAAUUAGCAAAAAUAAGUAAACUGCAUGCAAGAUGUAGAACACCGUAUCACACAAAAGCACCUCAAUUUAAAUUGAGAGAAACUCCGCUUGCUAAAGAACUUGCAAGCUUGAAAAUAGAUCAAGACAUUCCAAAAUUUGAGAAUAUGGAUAAUACUAUUACGGAGAUUCUCAAUAAACAACAACAAGAAACAAAUCUUUGUAGCAAUAAAAUAUAUGAUGAAAUUGAUAAAAAGACGAGGUCAAGCGGAGACAGUGAUCCUACGCGACUGCAUCUAAAUGAUAGAGAUAGUAUAGAUAAUAAAGAUACUUGUAAAUUUAUAGAAGAACAGAUGAUUAAUGAAGAUGAAGGGAAAGCUGAUCACAAUGAUAGUUCAGUAUCUUCAGCUAGUCAACUAUUAGAAAAUCCUUCACCGAUAUCUUGGGCGUUUCGGUCUCCUUCUAUCGAUUCAGAUGGAGAAUUUACCCUUAAACGUCAGCGAGGAAUCAGAAGAAAACGGCAACAAAAAGAUCAAGGUAUCAAUAAAAGCUCUGGUAGCAAAAGGGCUAAAACUAGGUCUCAAAGUGUAAGUCCAGCGACCAGAAAAAAAAUUUUAGAAGGUGAUGAACCUCCUAUUCAGGCUGUAAAUCUUCACGUUAAAAAAAUAACCCUCGAAACGGACUUGGAUUCAAUAUUUGAUGGAAAAAUAGACUCAAAAAUAUUAAAUCAGUAUCAAAAAAAUGAAGAAACUAAAAUGAACCUGUGGGAUCUUGACAGUCCGAAAUCGUCUUUGAUAGAUGAGUUUCCGAGUUCUAAAAGCUCGUUUGUUCAUUCUGGGAAUGAAACCUCCGAAACCCCACUUAUUGCAACUGUGAGACGGUGUUUAAAAUAUAGUCCAGAAGUUGAAAUACCAGAACCAAACUCCAGAUCGUCUAUUGAAUUAGAAUAUAACAUCAUUGGAGAUUCCAUUCACAUCCGAGUAAUACGCUGCAAGGAUUUAAAACGUUCUUACGAAGGGCCGAUUCACGCCUACGUAAAGGUGAGCUUAAAAAAUCCAAAUGGUGGAGGUGUAGUAAAAAGAACAGCCGUACACCGUGCAACACCAAAUCCAGUAUUCCAUGAAACGUUAAUUCUACCUUACCCAAAUCACAACUGUACAAACAGAUCUACGUCCCUAGAUAUUGCCGUUUGGCAUCGAGAUCGACGUGCAAGACGCAGUGAGCUCCUGGGCUGCAUGACUCUACCUCUACCUUUGGCACAAGACAAGGAAGCGACAUGGCAUCCUUUACAAGUCGGAUCUGUUCGAAAGAUAAGUACACCGUACGCAAAAUUGUCUCAAGAUUGUACGGUGUCACCACCUUUGUCAAAAGACGAGGAUCAUACAGAUAACAAUUCCAAUGCAGAUGACUUUACUUAUCUUAGACAUUUGGAAUUAGAACCAUUAGAUCCGCUAACGGGGUUACCAGUGAACCCUGGAUUCACAGCUAGGGGUGGAAGAACUCCUUGCACAAUCACUAGACGCUUAAUUCGACAAAGUGGUGCUAAGCAGAUUCCGUGGGGUUUCUCACUGUCUUGGGGUCGUCCUCCUCGAGUAGAACGUGUGGAUCCAGGAAGCCCAGCUGAAAGGGCAGGUUUAAUGCCUGGUGAUCACGUUGUUUUUGUGGAUACGACAAACGUAGUCACGCGAGCACGAGAAGACAUACUAAACUUUAUUCAAGCAGCUACUAAUCAACUAAUUCUUGAAAUUUACCGCAAGUCAGGCGCACAUGUUAACACGCAACGACCUAGUCUGGUGAAUGUGACGCUACAACCUGCGCUAGAUCAACCCAAUGGCCAGGGAGCGAUCGCCUUCACCGCUGAGGUAUUUCCACACAUUUCACCUGAUGCUCCACCGGAGGAGGAACUCAAUGUGAGAGAAACUCGAUACUGGGGAGCGUUAAAAAGCGGUAUAACUCGGUUUUGCAUACCAUUGGCAGAACGUCGUGAUAUCCUUUCCGCCACUGAUUAUGCAAUUCUAUUUCAAAAUCUGGAUGAACUGCUGAAGUUAUCAGAAGAGAUAAAAGAUGAGGGUGGUGAUGUAGAAAGUUAUUUAACUCGGAUACCACGAAUCACUGCAAGUUACCGUAGAUACUUGAGUGGUCUCCAAAGAGCUUGUUGUCUGCUUGUGGCAUUAAGAAGGAAUUCAGUAUUUGCGAAGCUGGUAUGUGAACCAGCCGUUCCGCAUAAACGUCGUCCUGAUAUAACUGGAGUCUUAUUGCUUCCGUUGGAGCACUACAGAGAGAUGACGAGACUACUCGGCCUAGCUUCACCAAGGAACUGCCAGCAAGCUAGAGAUCUGGCUCAAGGUUAUCGAGAAGCCACUGCUAAUGCUGGAGUCAUGGAACCUCCGAGGGAUACUGGGAGGCCUUUGUUAAGUCUCCAAGAAGUUGAAUCCCGAUUGGUAUUUGCUAGAUGCAGACCUUUCACCCUGGCAAUGCCCGGCAGACAAUGGUUAUUCGGUGGAGCCCUGGUAAAAGUAGAAGGUCGUCGACUUCAACCAUCAUGGGCACUUUUGUUGAGUGAUCUACUGGUGUUUGCGCGUGUCUCACGUGAUCGUGUACUUUUCGUGACGGAAGAGCCACUUCGCUUAUCAAGUAUCGCUGAAGCAUGUUUUACCGUACGUAAACGUCCUACUGAGUUUCGUUUACAAGUAUCAAUUACACCUAAUGGCAGUUAUGAAAACGGGCAUAUAGAUGCAAUGCAAAGUGGUGGAUGUAGUCCCCAUAGUCGUCCUCGCAGACGUAUUCUUAUUUUACGUGCACCUACUCCUGAGCUCAAAGCAGUAUGGCAUAAUCUUUUACAGCGUCAAAUCAUCUAUGUGAAUACAGGCUGCACGGAUACACCGAGUAUACACAGUCCUGAAGAAAGUCACUAUACUGGAAACCAUUUCACCAUUGCUUGUGAUCCCAGUACUAGUCCCCAGAUUACCAUUUCAAGAAACUCUCGUGAGCCAGAGGAGGACAAGCUUCAAGAUGAUCAAGACAAUUUGGAGUCAAUUAUAAAACCAAUUAAUGAUUCAAGUCAAAAUAAUAUUCAUUUAGCCCAAUGGGUUCGUAAUUCCCAUCAAAUACCUCCACCAGAUUACGAAGUCCCACCAGAAGAAUGGACAGUCGAAGAAUUGGCAGCUCGAGCUCCUAAAGAAUCAAUAAGUAGCAAUGUUAACGAACAAGUAAUCGAAGAAAACGUAGCGACUAAUUCAGAUCAAGAACAACACAGUACUGCUUCAAGUGCCAGUUUAUCGACAGUUAAAUCCACUACCGUCAAUUCUAAAAAAAAUGGCAGUUUUAAAGAUGCACCUUCAGGAUCGAUCAACAUCUGCCGAAGGUGCCACAGGUCUGGAUGUCCGACACCGCCACCUCUAAGGGAUCCUUUUUCACCUCUUCCACCAAAAAUAUCUAUUCUUCCGCCAACACCUGAUCUAUGUCCAAUGUACAAAUUAAAAAAUGGAUCCCAAGAUAGUUCGAGUAAAAACUGCACUACUGCUGAUGAAAACACCGAAGAUGGCAGUGAAGAUGAUUUGGAUUGUGAUGAAGAACCGCCUUACAGAGCACUCCGAAGAUUUGGAACGAUGAGUAGCUUAGAUCAAGAAGAUGAGUUAGAUGAUCAAGGAGAUGAUGAUAACCGUGAUUUAGAGUCUCCACCAACAGGUUUAAAGUCUUGGACAGCAAGGGCUAGCGAUUUCGUCGUUAGUAAAAUGGUUUUUUUAGAACAAUUGAGUGAAGGAGUUGGUAGUUACUUACUUCAGCCUCCCGUGCCACCUGAAAGGACUGAAUUUUCACUAGAUCCCAAUGACGAUGAAGGAACGACUUCCGGUGGAACAUCUGGUGAUGACAUAUGGGGUACACCAACUUCGGGUGGACCAGAUGAUGACAGUUUUACCGCCAGCCCCCCGUCUAUCAAUGGCAACGUUCUUGGCGAGGAUAAUUAUGGGCUCACAUUGAAUACUGAUGAUGAUGCUGACGAAAGUGGUGAUUCCGAAGACUGCAACGUGCCUGAAAUCAGUAUGGAUCAACUGCUAGGUAGCAGUAACUUUUCAUCUCUUCGAUGUAUUCUUAACCGUAGACGACUGGAGCCACUUCCCGAAGAAGACGAUUCAUCUGGUAACGAAAAAAAUCAAGUUGGAUGGUGGUGACAUAGGUUGCAGCCCGCGAGUUUGACCAGUGGCGAAGAUCAAAUUCAAAACAGAGAUCAAAUAUUCGCUAAAUUGACUCAAGAAGAUGAAGAAUUUCGUAAAAAAAUUUUGGAUCUACAUAAAAAACUUUUGGAUGUUGACUCUGGUAAAGAAUCCAGUCAAAUUGAUAAUCCGCCAGUGAAAAAGAUCGAAAAACGAGUAACACUUGUGGAAACAGCUACAACUCCAAAGCCACUAGACGUAGGAAGAAUUAUAAAACCGGCUUUAAAGAAUUCAAUAGCUAAUUCUAGUAAUGAAGCUGAAAGUAUUUCUAGAAUGCUUGAUAGAAGACGAUUGAAAAGGAUGGAUCUUGAACACGAAAGAAGAAAACAUUUAGAAGAAUUGAGAAGACGAUCGGAAAGAAUCGAUGAAGUCUCUGAAGAUGAUCAAGACGAGCAAAUACCAGUGAGACCUCGAGAAACUACUUUUCUCAACCGUCUGAGAAUUCGCAGACGUAGUAUCAAGUUGUUAAGUUUUUUAAGUGGUAAGUCAUCGGAUAAAUCUCAUGAGGAACGAGCAUCCAGAUUAUUGAAAAUAUAUAUGCCUGAAAAAAGUACUAAGGGACAAAAUACUAUCUCUAUUCAUCACCAUACACCCAGAAGUAGAAGAUUUUGGAAACUCCGUAAUCGGAGAAAGAAUGUUUAAGAAAAUAUUACUUCAAAAACAUAAAACUGAAAAUUAAAUUUUAAAAAAGUGGCAAAUUCAAAAUUAUACUUCUUGAUCUAUUAAAUUGCGAUAAAUUGAGAUAAAUUGCGUCCAAUAAACGAAAAAUAACGUUUGGAUAAUGUUCAUCGAUUUUACGUACAAUGAUGAAAAUAAAUACAAUACUUCUUUCAAUUAUCUAUCGAGGACUUCCAAUCUGUUUAUUUAUUAAAUGUAUUGUCGAAAGUAAGCUCGAGGAUUUAUGUUAUAUUUAAUAUUUUAAUUUUUUAAAUAACUUAGUGCUUUAGGUGCAAUUGUAAUGUAGGAUUUACCAAAAAUGAAGAAAACAAAAUUUUAAAAACAAAUAAAUAAAUCAAUUAUUAAAAAUGUUUUCUUCAAGUUAUUAAUAAUCGCCUUGGUAUUUAUUAUUAAAUUUUUAACUUAUGCAAAUUGUAAAAAAUAAAUAAAAUUAUCGCAGAAACGGCCUAUGCAAUAUUUACAUUUAAAUAUAAGUCAUCCUCGAGUUAAAAAUACGGCCUAGGUAUAACGGUAUACCUAAUUAAUAUAUUUAAUAUAAUUAUCAAAAUUUAUACUUAAUUUAUGGUAAAACAAUAAAAUUUCCUCCGUUAGCUCGUUGUAUCGUUUGGAAUCAAUUGAAGAGUUUCUAUCAAAACUAGUAAUUCUUCUUAAAUUAUAAAAAAAAAAAAUAAAAAAAAAAGUAGGUCCGCACUGACUGACACAACGCGGCAUUCAUUAUCUUUAACUUAAAUAAUAGAUUUAAAUAAUUAUAAAUAAAAAGAAAAGUUACUGUUGGUAGAUUGUAAAAUUUAGUCUUCAAAGGCUAAAAUGCAAAUAAAUUAUACUAUUUGUUGAAA